GCCCGGCGACGCUGUCCGUUGCCAGGGGAGGGGCCGGAAGCGGCGUGGGGUCGGGCCCGGCGCGCGCUGUUAAAUCCCCGCCGCCGACGUCGCGGCUGCUCCGUUGGUGACUCCUGCUCUCCUUCUCCUCGUUCCUCUUCUCCUCCCUCUCCUUCCCCCCGUCCCGGUGGCGGCGAUGGACGCGCGGGCCCGCGCCAAGCGCUACGAGAAGAUCGACUUCUUGGGGGAGGGGCAGUUUGCCACCGUCUAUAAGGCGAAGGACAAGAACGACAACCGGAUCGUGGCCAUCAAAAAGAUUAAACUGGGACAUAGAUCAGAAGCUAAAGACGGAAUCAACAGAACAGCCCUCAGGGAGAUAAAAUUGUUACAGGAACUAAGCCAUGCAAAUAUUAUUGGUCUUCUAGAUGCAUUUGGACACAAGUCCAAUAUUAGUUUGGUGUUUGAUUUUAUGGAGACAGAUCUUGAGGUUAUUAUAAAGGAUACUAGUAUUGUGCUGACACAAUCUCACAUCAAGGCAUAUAUGCUGAUGACACUUCAAGGAUUAGAGUAUUUACAUCAACACUGGAUUCUACACAGGGACCUUAAACCAAAUAAUUUGUUGUUAGAUGAAAAUGGAGUUUUAAAAUUGGCUGACUUUGGCUUAGCAAAAUCUUUUGGAAGCCCAAAUAGAGUUUAUACACAUCAGGUAGUAACAAGGUGGUACCGAGCCCCAGAACUAUUGUUUGGUGCUAGAAUGUAUGGUGUUGGUGUUGAUAUGUGGGCUGUUGGUUGUAUUUUGGCUGAAUUGCUCCUCAGGGUUCCUUUUUUGCCUGGAGACUCGGAUCUUGACCAGCUGACGAGGAUAUUUGAAACACUGGGCACUCCAUCAGAAGAACAGUGGCCUGGGAUGACAAGUCUUCCAGAUUAUGUCACAUUUAAGUCUUUCCCUGGAAUGCCACUUCAACAUAUCUUCAGUGCAGCUGGUGAUGAUUUGCUGAGUCUUCUGCAAGGCUUAUUCACAUUUAAUCCUUGUACUAGGUUUACAGCUACUCAGGCAUUGAAAGAGAAGUAUUUCAGUAACAGACCAGGACCCACUCCAGGAAAUCAGCUGCCAAGACCCAACUGUCCUGCAGAAGCUCUAAAGGAGCAACAAAAUGCACUUUUCAAUUUAAAAAGGAAAAGAACAGACGGAGUAGAUCAAGCCUCAAGAUUGCAAUAAGAGGUGGAGGGAAAUGCGGCUGGGAAAACUAUACCAGCCCUCCUGUCAACCUGUGGCUGUGGAACAGUUCAUGGUACAGAUACUGGGCUCGGCUCUGUUGCCUGAUUUUCACAUUGCUGUCUUGCAAAGUGGCUGCUGGGUAACCAAACUUCUGCAAUGAAGAGAAGCAAGCCAGUAAAUACUGUUGGUGCAGCUUAACUACAUUCCCACCCCUGUUGUGCAGUGGAUCUCGGGGAUACCUGGUGAGCCACUGUUAUUUUCCCACCUGUGAACUGCUUUCAGCAUUCUCUUUUCUGAUGUAUGUGGCAAGUGUAUUACUAGAAGACAUGGAAGCUUGCAGAGGAAGAGUAACCAUUGUCUUGCUCCUGUGUUACUUCAAUUUAUUCCUACCUUGAGCUGUGUAAGGGAGAAUAGUUACUAGUUUCUCAAUACCCUACUGCAGUGGUGGUUGAAGAUUUCCUAGUGAAAUUUAAUUGACAGCGUAGGGAAAAUGUCAAGUAACGUUAGUUACAGCAGUGUUUACUGUCUUUAUAAUCAAACAUAAUCAUUCUGAACACAGGCUGGGAUAUUAAGAGAACUGCAGUGCUGCAGUAUACAUACAAAAAUGUUAAUCUGAAUGGGGAAGAGAACGUUAGAAGUGCUGUAAACUUUUGCAUUGAAUUUAGCUAGGGCAGCAUUCUGACUGGACUUCAAAGCUUGGGAACCUUCAGCCCCUAAAACAGAUACUGGAUUUUUCAGUGUGUCCUGCCUACCAGGUAUAACAAAUAGAGGUUGCACGGCAGGGACAAUUUAAGUAUUCUGCCAGCUUUGCUUUUGAGAGUAACACCAUGCCCUUGUCACAUGCUGCAUGUGCCUGGAUGAUACCCUCCCCUGAAGUGAACCUUUUCCAGCAGAACAAGUAGCAAUCCCCUAAGUGUCUGCUGGCAAAAGUUGUAGGGUAGGUGCUUUAUUAGAUGGGCAGUCACUGUUUGGUUGUACAGAGCACAAUUAGCUGGAUGGUUAGUUUGUAAUAUUUUUGUAUGAAAUAUGUUAUUUAACAUUUCCUUACUGAAACUGAGGUUUUAUUAACCCUACUUCUUUUAUUCUGAAUAAGUUAGCUGUGCUCUGUAAGACUAGGAUUGAAGAGAGGAUAUUUUGUGACAGAAGUUACUUUCUUGUAUGCCUCCAGUCAUGUUUACCACAGCAGACGCGCGAAGAAGUAAUGCUUCAAAAAUUCAGGAGCUGUUCUCUUUCAGCCUCCACACUGGAAUUCAUUUGGUACCCUGUGCACUGCAUGCAUGGUCAGACCCUGUUCCAUACUGUGAGGGUGUAACUAAGUCUUGUUUUUAGCUGACUUCAUUAAUGAUGGCAACUGUGUCAGGGACUAAAAUUGCCUUGCAGUGGUGGUGGUGUGGGUAGAUAAGGUGUGUGUAUACUACAGAAAGAUUAGAAAAAGAAUCAGCACAAUAUUUUAAUCUCAGGCUUUUGCAUAGUUUGAUUUAACUUUUGUGACUUAAAAAUUCCUUCCAGAGCUCUGACUUGAAACCUUUGACUAUAAUUUAAUAUGUAGUCAUAUGCAAUUAGCAAUUUAAAUACUGGUUAAUUUGUAACUUGCUUACCUUGUACGCUUUAUAUCAUGCUAAUCACACUUCAGCUUUGACAAUCUGUCUUUCAUCGCACCAACUCGUUGAAUAUAUAGCUGCUGCAAUCUACUUGGCUUCUGUUCAGAACCACAACAAUAAAGGAUGUUUUGUUUUGACCCUGCAAUGUGCAUGCUUAUACAAAGGUUUAAGUUGUACACUUGUGCAAACUGGAACAACAUCUAAAUGCCUUCUUUCUUGGUUUGAGAAUUUCUGCCCUUACCGCCCCUUUAUCAUGAGUAACUGCUGUUUCUUCCUGAAAAGUCAGUCUUCCUCAUUGCAAACUUGAUGGCUCUUACCUUGAGACUUAAAGGACUUUGAGUAACUUCUAUGGAUUGUUCUGAAUAUUGUUUAUAUAAUUUAAUUAAAACUUUAGGGUUUUCUUUCUACUUUGCCACAAUAAAUGUAGCAAAACACAUUGUAUGAGCACACAUAUAUAAAGAAGGGGUAAACAAAACUGAUUUAAUUUCCUCACAGAUACCAGGAUUACUUGUGGUGGCAUGGAGAUCAAGGACUGCUAGCUAGCAUGUACCCAUCUUCUCUCUCUGGUUCUUGAUUGGUGCUAGCACUGCGAGAUCCCUGCAGCUUUUCUGUUUUGACAAAGAAGGCUCAGAGCCAGGUUGAGUUGCAAAAUGCAGUUGUUGAUUUGCGUUUGUGGUAUGCUUUUACCCAUGGUGUGCUCAUGAUGCUGGCAGCACUCCAGGCAGCAUACCAGUUCUCUGCUUUCACCUGUGCUCAUUCUUGGCUUUUGUGACUGUUCUUGUUCUCUUGGCUUGCUGCGUGUACAGCAUUUGCCGAACUCCUACUCUUCCUCCUUGCAUUUUAUAUUCAACUGUCAGUUUUGUCUCCGGUGUAAAGUGUUCUCUCCACAUGGCGGUAAUAAAAUCAAAGGAUAAAACAGGGAUAGGUCUGGAGUUGGCUUGUCAAACUGAGAUGGAGAAAAUUCUUGGAGACUUAACAGAGUGCUUUGAACGCUUUUGGCAGGGUCUGUUUUGGCUUACACCUUCCUGAUGCCCAGUAGUGUGAGAAUCUGGGAAAAAGACAUGCAUAGCUAUGGUCUCUUUGGUUCCUAAGCGCAGCACUGCUAGGGCAAUCCUGUGUUGAUCUUAUCUUCCUGAUGACCUGCUGGGAAUUACAUUUUUUUUUUCUUCCUAUAGUCCACCACCACUACAGGAAGGCUCCAGAAGCAGCUCUGUUCUUUACUGGCUUGAGAGUUCUGCUUGGCUAAACUUUGUUCAUCUUAUAAUUCCAGUUUCUUAUU